AUAUAGGCAUGGCGAUGUGUAUGAUUGGGCCUAGCCCAAUAAACGUCAAUCAGAGAGGGCCCAAUAUUAAACCUGCAUCCCCGUAUGACCGUAGGAUCAAUCUACUUUCCUCCUUCAAGUCACAGAGUGUUCGACGGUCGAGAUUUUCACCGUCUCCGUUUGCCAAAACCAUGUGGAAAUCUGUGAAUCGUCCGCCGACGCCGGAUGCUGCAGAAAAUCAAGCAAAAGAGCCCACCCUUCAAGAGCUUAUCAGCAUCGAGUUGAUUGAGAGCGGUGAAAAGGAGAGGUUAAUGGAGCUUCUGAGGGAAAGGCUGAUAGAGUGUGGAUGGAAGGAUGAAAUGAAAGCUCUUUGCAGGGCGUUUAUAAAGAAAAAGGGGAGGAACAAUGUUACAGUUGAUGACCUUGUACAUGUAAUCACCCCAAAGGGCAGAGCCUCCGUCCCCGAUUCCGUGAAGGCGGAGCUUUUGCAAAGAAUUCGUGCAUUUCUCAUGUCAGCAGCUAUUUGAUGCACCGUGGUUCCUGGUUGUGAUGAUGAUGAUGAUGCUGAUGAUGAUACUGAUGAUGCUGAUGACAAUGAUGAUGAUGCUGAUGACAAUGAUGAUGAUGAUAAUGACUAUGAUGAUGAUGAUGAUGAUGAUAAUGACGAUGAUGAUGAUGUUGUUAGUGAACAGCUUGGAGGGUGGAGGGAGGCAACUGCUUUUUUAUUUUUAAAUGGGAUUUUAGCGAACGCAUGAGAAUUGUAUCAUGUCUGUAUGAUGAUGCUGAUGAUAAUGAUGACGAUAAUGACUAUGAUGAUGAUGAUGAUGAUGAUGAUGAUGAUGAUGAUGAUAAUGACGACGACGAUGAUGAUGAUGUUGUUAGUGAACAGCUUGGAGGGUGGAGGGAGGCAACUACUUUUGUGUUUUUUUUUAUUUUUUAUUUAUUUAUUUAUUUAAUGGGAUUAAAGCGAACGCAUGAGAAUUGUAUCAUGUCUGUAAAGAUUUUGCAAUCAUUUAUGUCAGUGAUGGAGGAGAGAAUGAUCCGGAUGUAUGGCGCGCUGCAAGUAGCUUUAUCGAAACUAAAUAAAUGCUUUGGCACCGGAAA